AUGCAAGUACUGCGGUCAGACCUUGGAGCUACUGAAUUGGAAAUUCUGAAGGUGGAGCCCAGCGGUCUAUGGUUUAAGUCCUCCAGAGCCGGUGUCCGUGGGGGGCGCGGGGAGCUCGGGCUAGUGGUAGGGGCCGGGUGGAGGGGUGGCGGGGGUGGGUCGUCUGGAAGCCCCGAGCGGCCACUGUUGGGCUCAGACGUUCGGAGCCUCUCGCUUCGCGGGCGCCAAGUUCUGGGAGAACUGGGCCCCAGCGGGCGCCCCCGGGGUCUAGCCCAGAGCCCGUCGGCCCCGCCCGGGGGGCUACGCUCCCGCGGCCCGGCCUACGCGAGGGGCCCCGCGGCAGCGGCCGGGGCGGGCGACGUGGCCCUGCGAGGGGCGGCGGCCGGGCCCACCUGCCACCCGCUGCCCUUCCCGAGACUUUUUGGAGCCCCCACUAGCGAGAGGGGCCAAGUACAGCGGCUGCCUCUCUUCUCUCUUCCGCUCCCCUCUCUCGGUCUAUUGUCCCCCAGCGUGGUGGUCCCGGCCCCGGCGUCCUCCUCCGCGCCCGCCGCCGCCGCAGCGUCCCCGCCGGCGCCUCCCGGCGCCGAGUUUUGCAGACGUGGAGCUGUCACUGCCCUUCCUUCUGAAAGUGCCCUUUUCUUUAGCGGAGAGAAGAAAAAAGUAGUCGUGAUGAGGACAGGACUUAGUGGGGACUAAGUGGGGAAAUCAAGUUCUUAGACUUUGCUUCGGGCUGCGCCGUAGAGCGAAACACAGGAUCUCUGCGCCCCAGGUAGACGCUGGGCCUCAAGUUAGCGAUGUAACCUGGUGGAUUUGCAAACUACCCGAAAUCCACGAUUCUCCAGUAACAACUCACCUUGUUUUCUUGCUUAUAUUUGUAUCUUGUUAGAUUUUCCGCUGUUAUUCUACAGCUUCAGUAUAUUUUUGGGGAGUGAGGGCUGGGGAAGGGAGAGAAAUUGCAGGGAAUUUUUUUCUGAAAAUUAGCGAGGCACUUGAGCCAACCAUCUAUCACUGUACUUAGUUGAAAUCUUGCAUGUAUUCCUAAUAUAAUUAGAUCUUAGGGAAGUACUAGAGGCAGUGUAUUUCCACCCUCAAAAUGGGUUGAGGACUUGUUUCUCGGCCGAAAUAAAGUUCUCAGAGCAGGUCUAGUGAGAGUCUUCAUCGUGUGUUCAUAGGUUUACUCAGGAUACAGUUACUUCAUUUUUAACAUUUAGAAAUGAAGGUGGAAAUUCACCUGCUGUUUUGAACAGUGGAUGUAAGUUUUUUGGGUGUGAAUCCAAAAGGAAUUCCUUCAUCUUCAGCAUAUGAGUCAAGUCAACAAGGAUAUGAUAUGAAAUAAACAAGUGCAGGAUACUUCCUCAGUGUAUUCUAGAGUAAAUCAUUUUUCCAUUCCUUAAAGAAACAUCUUUACACCAACUGGAAGAGACAAACCAGUAGCCCCCCAAUUUGGUUAUUAGAAUAAUCAGGGCAGCUUUUUUAAAAGUAGAAAUUUCAGAGCCUUAUUUCCUGAGAUUGAUUUAAUAUGUUUGGGUUAGCCUUGAGGAUUAAAACUUGCCUCAGGCAAUUCUGAUGGUUUUGGAAACCAUUGAGACAAUACUUUGUAUAAGCCAAAAGCUUUGAGAUGGAAGAGGAAGUAAUCAGUUGUGUCUGAUUGGUUUGAGGAGGAAGAAUCUGCUUGAAGCUGAAGUUGAGUCUUCACUGAAGUUCACUGUUGGGUCUUACCUGAAGUUUUAUUGUGAUGGAGAAAGGGAAGGACCGGGCAGACAGGAAACACCUCAAUACUUCUAGCAGUGUACUGUCCUUGGAGGACUGCUGCCAGCUCAGCUCUUUGCUUCUUUACAGAAUUGACUAUACUCAGAUCCUUGGAGUACUUUUUUCUUUUCGUAUCCCUAGGAGCUUCCAAGUUGCAGGGAUAGUCCUUACUGUGACCUCAAAAGGUAUAGUAUGUAUUUAUAUGGCCAUCCUCAUUUUGCCAUGUAGAUAUAUGCAGGUGGGGAGUUACCCUAUUGUAUACGUGAGUCAUUUUCUUCCCAAUUUAACCUUUUUAUCCUGCCUGCUCCAUCAAAAAUUAUCUAUCCUAUGAAACUUUUUAUUUAAAGGACAUGGUGCUGUCCUAUUCCAAAGGUCAUUGCUGAUCUGAUGUAUUUAACCAUAGGAGUAAUGUGUUAAUGGACCCUCCUUCUU